GACGUUUUGCCUAUUACCGCCAAAAGUCGAGAUUCAGGCACACCUUCAAAAAUUCUCCCGCGUUCCUUGCCAUACCCUUUUAACGCAGCGCCACUUCCAUUCUCUCUCUCUCAUCCGACUGUAACAACAACAAUGGCGGGGAAACAAUCCAAAGCCAGAAAGCCAGAGGUGUUCGGCAAAGGCAAAGUCACUCCCACUCAGAUCGCAUUCAUCGUCGACAGAUACCUCUGCGACAACAACUUCUCCUCCACUCGCUCCACCUUCAGAAACGAAGCCUCUUCCCUCAUCGCCAAUUCACCCAUUCACGAGGCACCGAAGAGUUUGUUGACUUUGGGUGAGAUGCUGGAUGAGUAUAUCUGCUUGAAGGAGCAGAAGGUGAUGUUGGAUCAAGAUCGGGUCCUUAUGGAACAAGAGAAGAACCGGGUUCAGAUGCUGUUGCAAGGCAUGCAUAAUGUGAUGACUGCUUACAAUGCCAGUGGAAACCUCCCUUUACCUGCUGCAAAAUCAGCGGUUGUAGCAGUUCCUCAACCAACUUUUAGUUACAAAUCUCAUCCAGGGAAUCCUACUUCUGUACAAAACAAAUUGAUCACACCAUCAGUGCCUCAAUCUAGCAAUUCAAAUGCCGAGGGUGGAAACAUCUCGACAGUACCAACAGUGAAUGUAUCUUACAGAAAGAGAAAGGAUACUAAAACUGCGGAUGCUCCUCCCGCUGCUAAAAAAUCUCGUGGUAGAUCAUCCAGUAGGAAAAUCCCUGUCCAAGGUCAAAAUGCUCCUCAACAAUCUGAUAACAUUGUCAAUAAUAUAAUUGUAGCUCAGCCUUCAGCCAUUCAGUCUUCAUCAGAGAACUGCAUACCCAGGCAAUCACAAGUUCAGGGAUCCAAUGUUGCUAAAUGCUUAUUCAACCAGUCUACACCAUCUGUUCCAAGUAAUUCACCGGUUCCAAAGACACCACCUAGAACAAAAUCUUCUCACAGUGAUACACAUGUAUCCCCUUCUGAGAUUUCUUCAGUUGCAACCGGUAAAUGUGCAGUUACACCCAGCCGUUGCACUGUAAUGCCUCCACCGACCAAAACCCGUUGA